GCCUUAUUGUAUUAUAACUAUAACAUUUUUGCUAUAGUAUGCUAGUGAUCUACAAGAAUCAACAAGAACAACAACCUCGGGUGGUUGAUCUUAUUGGGAUACCCUGUGUGUUUGAUACGAUUGGAAGAAUCCACUUGGCUAGAGCCUUGCUACAGAACUUCACAAUGAGUAUCGUUGGUAUCAUAACAAGCAUUCUUCCAAAGAAAGCUGAGACGGAGAUUUGGGUGGUGAGGAUGCGUGGAACUCCUUCAGCCCAUGAUGGAACUGAGAGGUUCUUAGGAUUUCCAGACGAGAUCAAACAAUUUGGAAGCUGCAACCGCAGAUUUCCAGCUGAAAGCGCUCAGUGCUACAACCGUGGUGCAGGGGGUCUCUUUACGGUUUUGCUUCUAGCCUUGUGCUUUAGCGCCACCAGCGCAGUGGAUUCAAACACAAAUCUUAUCAUCUUGCGCCUUUUCCUCUACUUCUUCAGAUUUUUUGUUUUGACAAACAGAUCAUCAAUCUUCAGUGAGAAAAGAUCCUUGGCAGGCAGAAUAAAAGCAUUCUGCUUUGGGAAAAAGAAGAUUGAGUAGGUCUAGAUGAGUCUUUGUUUUAUGUUUGUCUUUGUUGCUACUCCUACUGCAGCAACUCUUAAGGUCACUCUGUCAUGCUUGAGUAGGUCCAGAUGAGUCUUUGUUUUUAAUUAUCUAUGUUUUAUGGUUAAUUGUAAGUGAACUUUAAUUUUAUGUUCACUUUGUUAUGCAACAGAAUUCUUCUGGGUGUCUAUAAUUUUUCUGAGUUCAUAGUUAAGAAAAUUGCUAUUUGAUG